CUCUAAAUUAUUACGAGUAAAAUAAACUUUGUUGUUCCGCUGACCUAAAACCCUCUUCCUCCGGUAAAGCCAGUUGAGUUUGAGUAGACAUAAUGGGAACUUCGGUGCAGGUGACGCCAUUGUGUGGAGUAUACAAUGAAAACCCUUUAUCAUAUCUCGUCUCCAUCGACGGCUUCAAUUUCCUUAUCGAUUGCGGCUGGAACGACAGCUUCGAUCCCUCCCUCCUCCUCCCUCUUUCCAGGGUUGCGUCAACGAUCGAUGCGGUGUUGCUGUCACAUUCUGAUACAUUACAUCUCGGGGCGUUACCGUAUGCCAUGAAAAAGUUAGGGCUCUCCGCUCCAGUUUAUGCGACUGAACCGGUUUUUAGAUUAGGGCUCCUAACUAUGUAUGAUCAUUAUCUUUCCCGCAAGCAAAUAUCUGACUUUGAUCUCUUCACACUGGAUGAUAUUGAUACUGCCUUCCAAAAUGUGACAAGAUUAACUUACUCUCAGAAUUUUCACCUACCUGGAAAAGGGGAGGGUAUAGUGAUUGCACCUCAUGUUGGUGGUCAUUUGCUGGGAGGUACUGUCUGGAAGAUAACUAAAGAUGGAGAAGAAAUCAUAUAUGCUGUUGACUUCAAUCAUCGCAAUGAGAGGCAUUUAAAUAAGACAGUCUUAGAAAAUUUUGUUCGACCGGCCGUUCUUAUAACUGAUGCAUAUAAUGCUUUGAGUAACCAGCCUUCUAGACGUCAGAGAGAUCAAGAGUUUUUAGAUGCUAUACAAAACACUUUAAGAGCCAAUGGGAAUGUAUUGUUACCUGUGGAUACUGCUGGCAGAGUAAUGGAGUUGCUUUUGAUACUCGAGCAGUAUUGGGAGCAACAUCAUUUGACAUAUCCCAUCUUCUUUCUCACAUAUGUAUCGUCGAGCACAGUUGAUUAUGUCAAGAGUUUCCUUGAGUGGAUGAGUGAUGCAAUAGCGAAGUCCUUUGAGCACACCCGUGAUAAUGCCUUCCUUCUGAAGCAUGUUACUCUUUUGAUAAACAAGAGUGAACUAGAAAAAGUUCCCGAGGGACCAAAGGUUGUUCUAGCUUCUAUGGCCAGUUUAGAGGCUGGUUUUUCACACGAUAUAUUUGUAGAAUGGGCCCCCGAUGCAAAAAAUCUUGUUCUUUUUACUGAAAGGGGUCAGUUUGGUACUCGUGCACGGAUGCUUCAGUCAGAUCCACCUCCUAAAGCUGUUAAAGUUACUUUAUCUAAGAGAGUUCCAUUGGUUGGAGAGGAGUUAGCUGCGUACGAAGAAGAACAAGAAAAGAUUAAGAAGGAGGAGGCUUUGAAAGCCACUCUUGUAAAGGAAGAGGAAUCCAAUUCUUUGGUAACUGAUAUUAGUAAAGCUGACCUAAUGAUCAUUGACGGCCAUACUCAAGUGGACGCUGCUGGGUUGCGCGGGGAGGCAUACCGGGAUGUGCUGAUUGAUGGAUUUGGUCCCCCCUCUAGUGUUGCUCCAAUGUUCCCCUUCUAUGAUCACUCCUCUGAAUGGGACGAUUUUGGCGAAGUAAUUAAUCCAGAUGAUUAUGUAAUCAAGGAUGAAGAUAUGGACAUGGGAUUUAUGCCUGUGGGUGGAGAUCUUGAUGGAAAACUCGAUGAAGGCACUGCGAGUUUGAUGCUCGACACAACCCCAUCAAAAGUCGUAUCUUCUGAACUUACUGUACAAGUCAAAUGUUCCUUGGUGUACAUGGAUUUUGAAGGGCGUUCUGAUGGUCGUUCAAUUAAAUCAAUUCUUGCCCGUGUCGCUCCCUUGAAACUUGUUUUGGUGCACGGAUCAGCCGAGGCCACUGAACAUCUGAAGCAACACUGUCUGAAAAAUGUUUGUCCCCAUGUAUAUGCUCCUCAAAUUGAAGAAACAAUUGAUGUCACAUCAGAUUUGUGUGCUUAUAAGGGACGACUCUCCGAGAAACUGAUGAGCAAUGUCCUGUUUAAGAAGCUUGGAGAUUAUGAAAUAGCCUGGAUUGAUACUGAGAUAGAAAAGACGGCAGGUGGCAUGUUAUCUUCACUCCCCCGUUCAACAGUAGCUCCUCCUCACAAGUCGGUACUUGUUGGAGAUCUAAAAAUGGCAGAUUUCAAGCAAUUCCUUGCUGGAAAGGGUAUCCAGGUUGAAUUUGCGGGUGGGGCAUUGCGUUGUGGGGAGUACGUGACGCUGAGGAAAGUCGGCGGUGCCAGUCAGAAGGGUGGUGCUGCUACCAUCCAGCAAAUAGUUAUCGAAGGUCCGGUAUGUGAGGAGUAUUACAAGAUCCGAGAACACCUCUUUUCACAGUUUUAUUCACUUUGAUGUUAGUUUCAUGUUAUUUUGUAGUGGGAAAACAGAAUUAUGUUCUUGUAAUAGUUGUCAGAGUCUACAGGUAGGAUCUUAAAAUGGCAGCCCUCGUACCAAUUUUGAACACAAAUACGCAUUGUAACCUAGAGUUUGUGUAAUGAAAUGUCGAAAUUUAUUCCAAA